AUGGCGAGAGGUCUAUUAAGUAUGAGCAUUCCUGAGAAGAAUGAUCGUCGUUCAAGACAGGAAACUAUCUCUGGCGCAGAGCCAUCCUAUCUGAAUGACGCCGCAGCGACACCACUAACAUCGACGCCGACUGGGUCAGCAGUACAAACAUCGAACUCGGUGCAGGGACACUUGUCUGAAAACGAAGCGCGUCAUGCAUUAGCGAAAGAGAGGCCGUACAACCAAGGAGUGUCCAGUGGUCGUGAUUGGCAUGAUAUUCUGAACUUGGAUCAUGACAGAUCGUCCACUUACGGCCUUGCGGACCAGCUGCUCCAAGACUCUGCUACUGAGCAUUUACCAUUCAAAGAUUCAAGUGCCAUACCUGAUGCAGCAUCGCACCAAGAUUCUGCGAUCGGCAGCGUCAAAGAAUCUAUAUAUGUCGGUGAUCUCAUUGGUUAUGAUAUCCUCUCUCCUGCUACCGCGUUGAUGCUUUUCGAUAGCUACAUCAAGUCCGCCCACUGGUUCACGCUCGUCUUCCAUGAACCAUCUCUGAGAGAUGAUCUCAAGAGACUACUAGCAACUCGGCAUAUUCCAAAGAACCGAUUGUCUACCGCCAUGCUCCUCGCAGUGAUUCUUGUGACCGGGUCGAAACAUGUUACCACCCAAGCGCAAUCCACUACAGUUUCGAGUAUGGAUGCAGCAAGCAUAGGAGAGAAGCUACUUCGCCGAAUGGAGGAAAAGUUCGUAUAUAUCCUGGACCAGAACAACCUCGGGGCCAUUCAAGUCUACCUAGUGCUGAGCUCGUACUAUUUUUACCACGGCCAACCGCAACGGUGCCUUUCUCUCAACAGUUCCGCCAUACGACUCGCGCAACGGCUCAAUUUGCAUCGAGAAGCCGCAUGGAAGGUCACGAAUCAUAUUGAACGAGAAGUGCAUCGACGGGUCUGUUACGGCGCCCUGACUUACGGGACGCCCUCCAUGUUAGGCGGUCUCAGAUUCCAAGUUGAAUUGCCACAAAACAUGGAUGACACUAUGGACCAAUGUCCAGGUUUUAGAUCGCACGAACGGUUCGAGAAUGGGACAACUCAGCCCGUGACCACGUUGUCCUACCAAAGGUAUCGUUUCAGACUGUAUCGGAUUGCCGAGCCCAUCGUAACAAAAAUCUCUCCGGGUGACGACCAUCGUUGUUCCCUUCCCGAGCUGAUCAAGACGGUUCAAGAGACGAAUGCAAAACUGGUAGAAUGGGAGAGAGACUUGCCAGCCGAACUGACUGUGGAGACAUUCGAGAACCGUCAAAAAUACACCAGUGUGGACUCUGUCACGAAGAUCUUUCAACUUCAGGCUCUUGCACUUCAGCUAUGCUACGACAAUAUACAAAUUCUUCUUCAUCGACCCUUGUCACUGAUUCCCGGAGCUCUGACUCUGAUGGACACUACCUCGCGCGCCUCACUUCCUGCUUUUCACGGUGAAAACGCGAGCAUUUGGACCAUGAGCAGAGAGUGUUGCUGGAAGGCUGCCUCACGCACUGCCUCGAUUGGCCAAUUUCCACACAUUCUCAAACGCGCAAGUAAUCUGCCAGUCGCGGGUUAUGUGGGAAUCCACACUUUCACCGCUGGGGUCAUGUUGGGCAUUUUUGCGUUGUCCAACCCUGUCUCUAGUCAGGGCACCGAUGCAAAACGCUACAUUGGUCAACUCAUCAAGAUGCCACAGCAACUGGGCUUCAGCACUGUCAUAUCUGAUCAGACCGGACGUAUCCUUGGCAAAUUACUUCGCAAGAUCUUGGAUCAAGAGAUGAAGACGCUGACUUCACUUGACGAUGAGCUAGUAACUUACCAGAAUUAUUUCGAGACAUCCCCCAAGGUGGUCGCUGCUUCUUCUUCUCAAGUGUCCGGAAUUCCGUGGGACACCGACCGUGAACCUGGUCUUGCUUCGAGUCAAUUUACGCCUGCUGAAAAUGACAAGUCUACUGACCGGAUUCGUGUUCAAACAGCAAGGGCCCAGUGUCAUGAUAGCUCGAUCGUCGACCCAUGGCAGGCACAAGAUACUAGAGUGGAUGCAGGAGAGUCUGAUGGCAUGGACACGGUGGUGGAGAGACAUGACAUUGACCACGAUGAUAUGGCGAUUUUUAAUGCAAAUUCGCAAUUCCAUUUCCUCGACAGCGACAUCCUGGAAGAUAUCAACGAGCUUGGUCAGGGUUGGCUUUGGGAGCAGUCCUCGUCAUUUGCAUAG